GAGCCAUUGGCUGAUGCUUCGUUGCGUUCGGUUACUAUCGCUGAAAAGAUAUGCGGCAUUGUGGAAUGGUUUUCUAGUGCGAACUUGAGCACUGUCGGAUUCGUCUGAUCGGAUUGCCAAUGGUGAAGAGCCCUUCGGAUUCGUGAAUACUGAAGACUGCGAUUGUUAUUGUUUUCGGUCUUUAUUAUGUCUGAUUUGGUGGCCCGUACGGGUCGGCUUAAGCAGCGGUAUGAGAACGGAUAUCGCCUUGUCGCCGGGUGUGUUCCAUUUAGGUAUAGAGGUUCUGAUGUUUGUGAUUCUAAUUCCGGGAAGACUGUCGAAGUCCUUAUGAUUAGCUCACCUAGUGGACCAGGCCUUUUGUUUCCAAAGGGAGGUUGGGAGAACGAUGAAACUGUUGAGGAGGCAGCUAUAAGAGAAUCAAUUGAAGAAGCAGGAGUUCGAGGAGACCUAAAGGAUUUUCUUGGGUACUUUGAGUUUAGGAGUAAGACUCACCAAGAUGAGUUUAAUCCAGAAGGAUUGUGCAAAGCAGCAAUGUUUGCAUUGUUUGUCAAGGAAGAGCUUCAUUCAUGGCCUGAGCAGAAGUUUAGAAAUAGGAGUUGGCUGUCUCUAUCAGAAUCAUUUGGAAGCUGUCGACAUGCAUGGAUGAGGGAUGCUUUGGAUUGUUUCUGCAAAUGUCAUGAGUGUGGGUUGACGCGCAAGGGACAAUUUUCCUUGAGUUCAAAACUAGAAUAA